GACCUGAGACUUCUGAUGGUUGUCCGUAGCCGCCUGGAGAAGAAAGGAAUCACGGUCCAUAAUGUCAGGUUGAAUGGCUCAGCAGCCAGUCACGUUCUGCAUCAAGACAGUGGCUUGGGGUACAAAGACCUGGACCUCAUUUUCGGCGUGGACCUGAAGACAGAAGAUGUUUUCCAGCUCGUCAAAGACGUGGUCAUGGAUUGCCUGCUUGACUUCCUCCCCGAAGGCGUCAACAAGGACAAGAUCACCCCCAUGACUCUGAAGGAGGCCUACGUGCAGAAGCUGGUGAAGGUGUGCAACGAGACCGACCGCUGGAGCCUCAUCUCGCUCUCCAACAACAGCGGGAAGAACGUGGAGCUCAAAUUCGUGGACUCUCUCCGGCGGCAGUUCGAGUUCAGCGUGGACUCCUUCCAGAUCAUCCUGGACUCGCUCCUGCUGUUCGGGGAGUGCUCGGAGAACCCCAUGGCUGAGAACUUCCACCCCACGGUCACCGGGGAGAGCAUGUAUGGGGACUUUGAGGAGGCCAUGGACCACCUGCGGAACAGGGUCAUCGCCACCAGGAACCCGGAGGAGAUCCGAGGGGGGGGGCUCCUGAAGUACUGCAACCUCCUGGUGAGGGGGUUUAAGCCCAAAUCCGAAGUGGAUAUGAAGGCACUACAGAGGUACAUGUGCUCCAGGUUUUUCAUAGACUUCUCUGACAUCGGUGAGCAGCUGAGGAAGCUGGAAUGUUACCUCCAGAGCCACUUUGUUGGGAUGGAGAGCAACAGAUAUGACUAUUUAAUGACCCUCCACAGGGUGGUCAAUGAGAGCACAGUCUGCCUCAUGGGACACGAGAGGAGGCAGACCCUGAACCUCAUUGCCAUGCUGGCUGUGAGGGUCCUGGCUGAGCAGAACAUCAUCCCCACCGUCACAAACGUUACCUGCUACUACCAGCCAGCCCCUUAUGUCAGUGAAAUAAACUUCAACUACUAUGUCACCCACGUGCAGCCCUUCCUGCCUUGCAAUCAGUCCUACCCAACGUGGCUUCCCUGUAACUGAGCCAGGACAAACGUCAGGGUCUGUCCUCCAAGGUAUUUCCUUGCCUUGGCGGGUCGGGAGGGUGGGAUGGGAAGG